ACGCGCUGCCGGAGAGGGAAUUGCGGGGAGCGAACGGGAGUUGUGUUGCCGCUGGCUGGACGACCAAAAAAACGCAUGUCCUAAGUCAACCCGUUUGGUUUCUGUUUCCAAUUCGGACGCGGCGUCGUCGCAAUGAAGCUGCUGAAACCGGCCUGGGUUGCCCAUGAAGGGCGUCCGAUCUUCUCAAUCGACAUUCACCCUGAUGGAUCUCGAUUCGCCACAGGUGGCCAAGGUGAAGAUUGUGGCAGGGUCGUAAUAUGGAAUAUGGCCCCUGUGCUCUCGGAGGAAGUGGAAAAAGAUGAAAAUGUCCCAAAAUUGUUGUGUCAAAUGGACAACCACCUUGCUUGCGUAAAUUGCGUUCGAUGGAACAUGUCUGGCCGAUAUUUAGCUUCAUGUGGAGACGACAAAACGAUUUUGAUCUGGCAACACUCUGGCUCAGGCGGCUCGGUUUUUGGCGGAGGUUCCACAGCUGAGUCCUGGCGAUGUGUCUUCACUCUUAGGUCUCAUUCUGGGGACGUUUUGGACCUUGCUUGGGCUCCUCAUGACGCCUGGCUUGCUUCUAGCAGCGUCGACAACUCAAUUAUCAUAUGGAACGCCCUGAACUUUCCUGAGGUGAUCACUGUUUUGAGAGGACACAGUGGACUUGUAAAAGGAGUUGUUUGGGAUCCGAUUGGAAAGUUUUUGGCCUCUCAGUCGGACGACAAGUCCUUGAGAGUAUGGAGAACAUCAGACUGGAAGCAAGAAACGUCAAUCACAGAGCCCUUCAAAGAAUGUGGUGGGACAACGCAUGUACUUCGAAUGAGUUGGAGCCCUGAUGGCCAGUAUCUGGUCUCAGCUCAUGCUAUGAAUGGUGGAGGACCCACAGCUCAAAUCAUUGAACGUGAAGGAUGGGUCACAGACAAGGACUUUGUAGGGCACAGAAAGGCCAUAACUUGUGUUAGAUUUAAUGGCAACAUUUUGCUCAAGUCACUGCCUCACUCAAACAAGCCUCAGCAGUACUGUUGUUGUGCCAUAGGAUCUAGAGACAGAUCAAUUUCAGUUUGGUCGACAGCUCUGAAGAGACCGGUUGUGACCAUAAAAGAACUCUUUAACGAUUCUGUUCUUGACUUGUCGUGGAGUGCCAGUGGUUGUGUCUUGAUGGUUUGCUCGUGGGACGGCACUGUUGCAUGUGUGGAGUUUGAAGAAAAGGAAAUUGGCAAGGCAUUGAGUGCUAGCGAAAAAAAAGCUCUACACGAGAGAAUUUACGGAAAAUCACUGUCAGUUCCAAACUCUCUCACUUCGACUACCAUAGUGGAAACUCCUGAACUGCUGGCAGUCAGAGAAUCUCAGCGACAGCAGCAAAACUCAACCCCAACAAAAGUCAAUUCUGUCAGUAAGCCCAACACAAAUAUUCCGUCUCCAAUGAGAGGGCCAAGCAAGCAGAUAGAAACACGAACUUCAGACGGCAAGAGAAGAAUCACACCUAUGUUCAUACCAACUGUCGUUGACAAUGGAGAGGCACCCCAACCUUUCAGCUCAUCUUCGCAGCCAACCUUCAGCAGCUCUACAGAGACAACGAGUAAAAUAGUCAUUGAAAAACGUGAGGACAUCAUAACGCCCAACGUGAGCAAACCUUCAAACCAAAAACCACAAUCUCAGGAAAAGUUGGAAUCGGCUUCACCGAGCAAGUCGAUGGAUGUAGAUCAGACACCCCCUAAACCUCCUCCACCAAAACUGAUUGAAACUCCAGAAAAAGUCAACGGCUCUGCCUCAGAUAGCAUGGACCAGCCGACCCCACUCACAUCAAAAGUCGACAAGCCAAGUGAAUCAAAACCAGAGGAAGCUCCAAAGGUUGAAGAUAAGCCGAAGGAAGAUAAGCCAAAGUCAGAAGAAAAGAUAGAGAAGACUCCAUCCGUGUCGUUUCAAGAUAAACCAACAGAGAUCAAAACCAAAACUGGAAAAAGAAGAGGCCGACCACCUCUGUCUGAAAAGGUGGACCGUCUUGAAAAGACUGAGAAAACUAUUGCCACACCUGCAGCACCUGCACCAGUACAAACACCAGCUGCCCAAUCUCCUGCAAAACAAGUUUUGGUUGUGGCUGAGAAUGAGUUUAAAUUGCCUGCACUCGGCAUAGACAAAACUUUGAAUGUGAAGGUGUCUGGAUGCCUGGGGAAAGUACUGACUGUAGAGAAUUCUGCAGUUGCAAGCUCGUUUGGACCUCUGAAUUUGGUGAAAUGUUAUUUCAGCAACAAGAGCCCUAAUGACAAGGGCUCUGAUUGGGAGGCAGUUUUGAGCAGCAAAGCAGUGGCAGCAGGUUGCAACGCAUUUUUAUGUGCAGUGUGUUGUGAAGAUUGCACGUUGAUAGUGUUCGAAACAAUGCACGGACGAAGACCUCUCCCUCCUCUGCAGCUAUCUGGUAGACCAUCGAGGCUCAUUGUCAGUCGUGGCCACAUUUUUGUGUUAACUGUGAAAGGAAUGCUCAGCGUAUGGGACGUACCAGCAAAGAAGGCAGUCUUGGUUGAUAAAUCCAUAACACAUUUGCUGGAUAAAAAUGCGUCUGUCGUCAGUUGCCAAGUUAUGGAAAACGGAAACCCUGUUUUGACACUUUCGACAGGAAAAUUGUACCUGUACUGCAACCAGCUCAAAGCAUGGACUCUCCUCGGAGAUGGACGAGAUCCUGUACAGCAGAGCUCCAGCCACCUUUUGUACGCUAACGCAGUUACACAGUCAGGAAACUUAUCUGCUUCUCCGAUGCCCCCUCUCACUGCUCUACAAUCUGCUAGCAAAGUUCAUUUCCGCUCAAACUUAUCUUCAGCCUCUGGUCCUGCAACGAGUUGCACCCUUACGUUCCUUGAGCAGCAGAUGGCAUCAAGCAGACUUCUGCAGUCAUCUAGGGACUAUCAUCUGUGGUUAUCAGCUUUUGUCAGAUUUUUGGUGCAUGAAGGAAUGGAAGCUCGCCUAAGGCUGAUAUUUGAUGAGCUUUUGGGUCCAGCACAUCCACACUCAGCCAAUAGUAGAUCAUGGGAUGAUAAAAUCAUGGGACUUUCAAAGCAUCAGCUUUUGCAAGAAAUGCUAACUGUGGUUGCCUCCAAUCUUAGUCUGCAGCGACUUUACUCUGAGUACAAUGAUUUGCUAGAAAGUGCUACAAGCAGCAAGUAAAUAUUUUCACCUUUAACUAUUUCGUUCACAACAUCAUGUAGUCUUGAUGAAGUCGGUUCAAAAUCAAUAAAAGAAAUUGAUAUUUUUACAA